AUGGCGCUAGAAGGAGGGCCGGUCCGAAUGUCAAGCGAUCAACAGGCUCACUCCGACGAACCCCCAGCCGUCAGGUCGCACACGACCGACGCAACGGAAGAACAUCCCCAACAGGAGGGGGUUCGCGACGAGCGCCCCACUGCGAUCUCGGAGCGCUAUUGGCGAUUGUUCAACGACCCUGGUCUAUCGCCGCCCAUUGCCAAUCCCGGCGGCCCGUCCCCCGUGCCGCUUGAAGCCUUCUAUGACCUCACACACCAGGUCCGGGCUCUUACGGGAGUGAUGCAGACCAUCAUCCCGCUGGUCUCUCCUCCGACGUCUUCACACUCAACCCUACCUCCACCACGGCAACGGCCCGCCGCCCAGAACCCCGCACCGCUUCCCGAGUCUCCCGCUUCGCCUCCGGGCCAAUCGACCCAACCCGGGAGCCGAGGAGCCGAGGAUCCAGCGACGCACCCGACGCCCGUGGCCCCGCAUUCAGACUCGACGGAGGGCCUGUGGGCCCAACUACACCUCGUAGGCCGUCGACUGGAUGAGGUGCAACGUGAGGUUCGCCGGACCACGGAAGACCCGGGGGCCGAGCAACACCAGGGGUCCCCUUUCACCCCCGAGAUUCAAGAGCAAGCAAUCCCGCCGCAUUUUCGGCUCUCGUCAUUGGAUCCCUACGACGGCGCCACCGACCCGGCGGACCACGUAGCCGCUUUCCGCGCCCAAAUGGCGCUAUACGGGACGUCCGAUGCCUUGAUGUGCAGGGCGUUCCCGACAACCCUGCGAGGCCCAGCCCGAGCGUGGUACAACAAUCUGAAGACCGCGACCAUCGCCUCUUUCGACCAGUUGGCCAGGGACUUCGAGCUUAACUUCCUGGCUCAUGCCAAGCCGAAGCCGUCGGUGGCAAUGCUCCUCGGGCUCAACCAGAGGGAGGACGAGCCCCUUUCUCACUUUGUGAACCGCUUCACCACACAAAUUCGCGGGCUGUCUGAUGCUCACCCUUCUUUGAUGAUGCAGGCAUUCAUGAUGGGCCUGCGCCCUACCCGAUUCUUUUGGUCUCUGGUGGAGCGACCCCCCACUUCGGUACCUGAAAUGUUACAGCGCGCGAACCAGUUCAUCGCUGCUGAAGCAUGGAUGGUCGGGAGGCGCGACGAGCGCAAGAGGCGCGCGAACCAGUUCAUCGCUGCUGAAGCAUGGAUGGUCGGGAGGCGCGACGAGCGCAAGAGGGUCAAGCUAGAGCAGUCCCAGCAACAACAGCCCGCUACCUCCCGGCGUAGGGCCGACGGCCUCAACGAGGCGGUGCCUAAGUCCCCUCCCCCGGGCCUGAACUCCUCUCAGACCGAGAUAUUUCUCCACAUUAAGGAGAAAGGCCUUCUCAAAGACCCCCACCCGAUGAGGAGCCCGCGCGAACUCGCGGACCACUCUAAAUACUACCGUUUCCACCGACAGCCCGGUCACGACACCGAGGAGUGUCGAGAAUUAAAAAGGCAAAUUGAGGAGCUCAUCCGUCGAGGGCACCUCGGCUCAUACCUCCGGCCAGAUAAGGAUCUCUCGCCACGCCCGGAGGGACCCAUCGAGCGGCACAUAGAUGUCAUAACCGGCGGGCCAGCGUCCGGAGGGAACUCCAUGGCGGGCGGAAAGGCAUACGCCAGGGCCUCCCGAGCCGAAGCUUCCAAACAUGAAAAAGGCCCCAAAGUCACCUUCCCGACCGGGGGACCCGAGCCAACCGAACAUGAUGACGCGUUGGUGAUAUCAGCCAGAAUCGCCAACGCGCAAGUAAGAAGGAUCAUGGUCGACACUGGAAGCUCGGCCGAUAUACUUUAUUGGGACGCCUUCCAAAAGCUCGGCCUGGUAAAGGAGAACAUGAAGCCGGUAUGCUCGACGCUCACGGGGUUCACCGGCGCCUCAAUCUCGUCACUAGGGGUUAUCACCCUGCCCCUAACUUUGGGAGUUUUCCCGAGGACAAAAACAGUGAUGACCUCCUUUCUAGUGGUCGACCUCCCCACGGCAUACAACGCCAUCCUCGGACGGCCAACCCUCAACAAGAUCCGAGCCAUCAUCUCAACUUACUACCAAACCAUCAAGUUCCCGACCCACGAUGGGGUCGGAGAAGUAGCGGGGAACUCCUGGGAGUCCAGGCGUUGCUACUUAACCGCCGUGUCGCUAAACAAGAGAGCGAGGGUCCAAUCCCUGCUGGAGGACCCCCGGGAGGGAAAAAAACCGACCCCCCGCCCCGAGCCGAAGGAAUCCACCAUCGACUUGCCGCUGAUCAAGGGCAGGCCCGACCAAACAGUCAAAGUCGGGUCAGGACUACCCGAACAGGAGCAACAGCAGCUCGUCGGUCUUCUGCAAGCCAACGCCGACAUCUUCGCUUGGACGCCAUCUGACCUGGUAGGAGUCCACCCGGAAGUCGCACAACACCACCUAAACAUCUCGUCCGAUGCCCGUCCGGUGAAACAAAGGCCCAGGCGGCAGGCCCCAGAUCGGCAACUUGCCCUCCGAGAAGAAGUAAGCCGACUUCUGGCGGCCGGUUUCAUAGAAGAGGCCAGGUACCCACAAUGGCUCUCCAAUGUAGUCCUUGUCAAAAAGCCUAAUGGAAGCUGGCGGAUGUGCAUUGACUACACCAAUCUUAACAAUGCUUGCCCAAAACAUUGCUACCCCCUACCGAAGAUCGACCAGCUAGUCGACGCCACAGCCGGCCACGCCCGCCUGUCGUUUAUGGAUGCCUUCUCCGGGUACAACCAAAUCAGGAUGGCGCCCGAAGACCAAGAACACACAGCUUUCCUCACCGAGCAGGGGAUAUAUUUUUACAAAGUCAUGUCGUUCGGGUUGAAAAAUGCCGGGGCCACCUACCAGAGGACGGUGAACAGGAUGUUCGCCCACCAGAUUGGACGAAACAUGGAGAUAUAUGUCGACGACAUGAUCGUGAAGAGCCGAACAGCCGAAGCUCAUUCUUCCGACAUGGCUGAAACAUUCGACACCCUGCGAAGGUUCGGCCUGCGCCUCAACCCUGCCAAGUGCGCCUUUGGCGUAACCUCGGGAAAAUUCCUCGGAUUCAUCAUACACGAGAGAGGGAUUGACGCCAACCCGGAAAAGGUCCAGGCUAUCAUUGACAUGCAGCCCCCUCGGACGAUCAGAGACCUGCAGCGCCUUAACGGGAGGCUAGUCGCCCUAUCACGUUUCCUUUCCCGAUCGGGAGAUCGCUGCCUCCCCUUCUUCAAGGCCCUGAAGGAUCCGAAGAACUUCCGAUGGACGACGGAAUGUGAGAGGGCCUUCGAGCAGAUGAAGCAACACCUAGCCAACCUCCCCCGACUCGCCUCAGUCUCCCCAGAGGAAAAAUUGAGUCUCUACCUCGCCGCCUCCCAGCACGCGGUCAGUUCGGUUCUAGUCAAGGAGAACUCCGGCGACCAACUGCCGGUCUACUAUGUCAGCCACAUGCUGAGCGGGCCAGAGGGAAGCUACCCGCCAAUCGAAAAGCUGGCGCUGGCGCUCGUCCUGUCGGCACGAAAGCUCCGCCCUUACUUCCAGGCCCACCCGAUAGAGGUAAUAACUGACCGGCCGCUUCGGCUCGUUCUGUCUAAAUUCGACGUUGCAGAGCGCCUCCUCAAAUGGGCAGUGGAGCUCGGCGAGCACGACAUACAAUACACACCUCGGACCGCCAUCAAAGCCCAGUCCGUGGCAGACUUUAUCGCGGAGUUGAUCCCGAGUACAGGCGAAGAACUCGAGCCGCCGCGUGACACGUGGACUCUCCACGUGGACGGGUCGGCCAACGCAAAGGGCGCCGGCGCAGGGCUGGUGCUGGUGACACCUGACGGCCGCUCGAUUGAGCGCUCCUUCCGCUUCGGGUUCAGGGCCACUAACAACGAAGCAGAAUACGAGGCUCUCCUAGCGGGGCUCCGAUUGGCACUGGAGAUGCGGGUGACCGACAUACGCGUAAUCACCGACUCACAACUGGUGGCUAGGCAGCUCGACGGCGAAUACGAAGCCCGGGACCCGACCAUGGCGAAAUACUUGGCACAGGUAAAAAACCUUGCCACCAAAUUCGUCCAUUUUGAAUUGUCGAAUGUUCCCAGGAGCGAGAACCAGCGAGCCGACACCCUGGCAAAACUGGCGUCCGGCUCGGCCCCCAGGGCUCGACCCGAGACCGAAGGGCUCCCCCACCGAGCCAUAGAGGUCGUCACCACAGUCACGGAUGGCGCGCCGGCCACUUGGGUGCAAGAGAUGCUACGCUUCAAGCGGGACGGAACCCUACCCGACAACGAAACCGCGGCUCGACGCUUGCGUCGGACACAGGCAUGGUACUCUGAAGAAGGAGGACGGCUGUACAAGCGGUCUUUCUCGCGCCCCUUGUUACGCUGCCUAGAGCUGAACGAAGCUCGGACAGUUCUAUCCGACAUGCAUGAAGGGGCCUGCGGGGAACACAUAGGCGAACGAACCCUGGCGCACAAGAUGCUCCGACAGGGAUACUACUGGCCGACCAUGCGCCAGGACGCGAAAGCUUUCGUUCGGCGAUGCCGCUCAUGCCAGGAACACGCCCGCACCGUCCAACGGCCGGCGGUCCUGUUCACCCUCGUCGACUGUGCUUGGCCAUUCGCGCAGUGGGGGCUGGACAUACUCGGGCCUCUCCCACCCGCCUCCGGCCAGCGGAAGUACAUCAUCGUAGGAGUGGACUACUUUACCAGGUGGGUCGAAGCCGAGCCCCUAGCCACCAUUACGGAGUCACAAGUGGAAAGGAGGUUCCGAGAGUUUUGCGCCGAGCACAAAAUUCAGCUGAGAUUCAGCUCGGUAGCUUAUCCCCAGGCGAACGGGCUAGCUGAAGUAACCAACCGGUCUAUCGUCGACGGCCUCAAGAGGAGGGUGUCCGCUGCCCGAUCGGCUUGGAUCGACGAGCUCCCGAACGUCCUGUGGGCGCUGCGCACUACCCCCAAGACCCCGACCGGGGAGUCUCCCUACAGCCUCACGUUCGGGACCGAGGCCGUAUUACCAUCCGAGGUAGCUGUCCCAACUCCGCGGACAGCAGGCUACAGCGAGGAGGCCUCGGGUGAAGGACUCCGAUCCAACCUAGAUCUGCUCGAGGAAAGACGGGCCAGCGCACACCAGAAAGCUCUUUCUUACAAAAGAGCCGUAGCGAGGGUCUACAACCGGAGGGUGCGACCCCGGUCGAUAAAGAUUGAGGACCUGGUCAUGCGCAAAAUCGAGGUCAGCCACCCAACCCAAGUAAGGGGGAAACUGGCCCCGAAGUGGGAAGGACCCUAUCGGGUCAUCGGAGUAUCCCGACCGGGGACGUUCCGACUCGCGACAAUGGACGGCGACCCCGUGCCCCGGACUUGGAACAUACAGAACCUAAGAAAAUACUUCAUCUGA